AAAGGGUUUUGUUUUCUUUGUUGUCUCUAUAUAGUGACGCCGCUCACGUGAAUCCCUCUCUCUCUCUCUCUCUCUACUUCACUUCACUGCUUUAUCUCUCUUUGUCUGCCUCCUUCCAUGGCUCCAUCUGUUCAGCCUUCUUCAUCACCUCUUCGUACAAGUGAAGGCGAUGAAAAAUAUGCAAAUGUGAAAUGGGAAGAGCUUCGAUUCGCUCUGACCCCAACAGAUUGCAUGUAUGUGGCCAAGUGCAGACAAGGAGAGAGUUUCACAGAAGGGAAGAUUGUUCCUUAUGGUGACAUUUCAAUCAGUCCUUGUUGUCCUAUUCUCAACUAUGGCCAGGGAUUAUUUGAAGGUCUGAAAGCUUACAGGACAGAGGACGACCGGAUUCUGAUUUUCCGGCCUCACGAAAACGCUCUUCGUAUGCAAGAUGGUGCAGAGAGGCUUUGUAUGGCAUCACCUUCUGUGGAAUUCUUCGUCGAAGCAGUUAAACAAACUGUGAUUGCCAACAAGAAAUGGGUUCCUCCUCCGGGUAAAGGAGCUUUGUAUAUAAGGCCUCUGCUAAUAGGGAGUGGCGCUAGCCUCGGAGUAGCUCCAGCACCUGAGUACACGUUCCUCAUCUAUGCAUCUCCCGUAGGAGACUAUCAUAAGGGAAGCUCAGGUCUGAACCUUAAAGUUGAUCAUAAGCAUCACCGAGCACAUUCUGGUGGGACGGGUGGUGUCAAGAGUUGCACAAACUAUUCCCCAAUUGUGAAAUCGCUGGUAGAAGCAAAGUCAUCAGGCUUCUCUGAUGUCUUGUUCCUAGAUGCUGCAACUGGCAGGAACAUCGAAGAGGCGUCUGCAUGUAACAUCUUCAUUGUCAAGGGGAAUAUUGUGUCUACUCCACCAACUUCCGGAACCAUUUUACCAGGAAUCACUAGGAAAAGCAUAAGCGAGCUAGCUCUUGAUAUCGGCUACCAGGUUCAAGAACGAGAUGUUUCUGUGGAGGAGUUAUUAGAGGCGGAAGAAGUGUUCUGCACGGGAACUGCAGUGGUCGUUAAAGCUGUUGAAACGGUGACCUUCCAUGACAAAAAGGUAAAAUACAGGACAGGAGAAGAGGCAUUGUCUAAGAAGCUUCACUCGAUGUUGACGAGUAUUCAGACAGGUCUUGUUGAAGACACAAAAGGUUGGAUGGUUGAUAUCGAUCCUUGUCAAGGUUGAGAAGAAGAAGAUCUCUGAAUAAGUUGUGAUGCUAGUGAUCUUCAUCUUUACUCAGUGGUGUAUCUUUUCUCUUUUUAAGUGUUUUCUUUGUUUGCUUUAUGAGACCUGUUACAAACUUACAAUACACUAGGCAGUGUUGGUCACAGUUUCAAGGUCCUGUACGCCAUCGUUUUGAUUUGGGAGACCAAGUCGUCGCCGUUGAAUAAAAAGAAUUAGGAAGGAAAUAAA